AUGGUCCGGCAAUCCUCAGAUUCACGUUGUUCAAUCAACCAAAUUGGUCCAAAUAUUCAGUCAAAAAAGCAAAAGGAUCCUCAAUCUGAUUCCAAAGGUGGCUCCCCAAGUGCACCUGUUUCUCGAAAUAAAAAGGCCAAGACAACUACGAAUAAAAAUCCGGAAGCAUCCCAGUCCUCCGUGAAAAGUACAGCCGAAACGUCUAAGAAUAAGCAGCCGGUGAUUGAUCUUGCUCAAGACUCCGAUGGCGAAAAUUCUAAAGCUCGGAAGAAAGGAAGGGACAGCACCUAUGACAAACCACUGCUGUUUUUUGGUGCUCCUUACCGUCUCCCAAACGAUAGCGCCGAUGAAGGACCACGAACGUAUGACUGCUUGUGGUGUAAGAAGCCUAUCCGAGUCUCCCGGGGUACCUUGUCGAAUCUAAAAACCCACCGUGACGGAUCUUCUCAAGAAGGAAGUGGAUGA